UUCAGAUUUCCAGGAGUACAGAGAGGCCAUGACCAUCACUCACAUGGAUCCCAUUCUCUAUGAUGCUGCAACAAAAGGCAACAUCAUGGCUUUCAAAGAUGAAAACUUCAAACAGCCACUAGAAGCCUUAUUAACACCAAUCAAAAACACCGUUAUCCAUAUUUUCAUCACAAACCUCGAUCAUGGGAUAGAAUCAACAGAAAAUAACUUCGUGGGAGAUAUACUCAACAUGUGUCCUUUACUUUUAUGUCAAGUCAAUGCCAAAGAUGAAACUCCAUUACAUAUCGCAGCAAGGUAUGGGCAUGCUGAUAUUGUUAAAGUUCUGAUUGAACAUGCGAGAUAUGCACAUCAUCAAGAUCUUGGAAGCGGGGCUGAUCAAGCAGUCAGGGAGAUGCUUAGGAUGGUGAACAAAAAGAAAGACACAGCCUUACAUGAGGCUGUACGUUAUAAUCACUUUGAAGUGAUAAAACUUUUAAUCAAGGAAGACCCAGAUUUUUCAUAUUCUGUUAAUGAUGCCGGGGAGACUCCACUCUACAUUGCCGUCGAGAGAAACUAUGAAAACUUGGUGUUGGAAAUUUUGAGCACCUGCAAUUCACCGGCUUAUGAUGGCCCCGAUGGUAGAACGGCUUUGCAUGCUGCAGUAUUUUGGGAUAACAAAGUAACGAUCAAAGCAAUUCUGGAAAGAAUUGGAGGACCUAUAACUGAAAAAGCAGACAAACAAGGUUGGACUCCACUGCACUUGGAGGAGCUAUAACUAAAAAAGCAGACCAAGAAGGUUGGACUCCACUGCACUUGGCUGCAUACUCAAAUUGGUGGUGGUCUAUAGAGCUGUUGCUGGAACAUGAUUCACAAGUAGCAUACAU